UGAAUGAAGAGUCAAAUUCAUUAAUUGCUUCCAUUAAAAGAUCGGAGUAGCCCUUCAAAUGCGAGGACUGGCCAUUGGCCAAAGUAAAAGUCACAUGAUUGCCCCGAUUCCAGAUCAACUCUCCACACAUCGCGCUCUCUCUCUCCCGCGCGCGCUCCGGCUCUAUCCUAACCAGUGCGAAAGUCUCUAAAUAACAUGGUGAACAGGCUGAGGCCGAGCUCAAGUGACGGGGAAGCGAGGCUAUGGCCCAGAAGGGCAAGGCAAGACGCCCGAGAGGAGAAUGAAUUCGUAUCAAGAGUUCAUUUGCGCCAGGGAUGCCACUGCACACAUAGUGGGGGCAUAUUACAGCAGGCUAGCCAGGUCUCCGCACUUGCAAAAGAGACCAUGCAGUAAUAUGAGCUGCGGGCCAGAUGGGCGUUACAUGGGUGGCCGGGACCUGCACCUAACUGUGCAUGGCCAUGGCAGUACGACCCAUCAGUUCAACGGGUCUUAUGAGGCAGACGCUUUCAACGUAUCUUUGAGUCCAGAUCUACCUCCUGCAGCUGCUUUAACUCCUCACCCGGCGUAUUCUUCUUCUCCUUCUUCUGAAAACUACCUCCAUCAUCCUCACCACCAUAAUCUUCCUUAUGCUGGGGGUCAAGAGACUGAAUUGAGUACCUGCGCCGUCAGCUACGCCUCUAGUUUGGAAAAUGCUAGUGGUUUCCCCGAGCAUCACUUUCUGUUUGGGACACUGGAGCAGCCAUACCAGGAAAGCACGCGGGAUGGCCAUCCCUUCUCGGACUAUUACACCACCCCCGAAUGUCCGGGGGAGAGACUGAAUACUCACCCGGAGCCCAGUAAUAAUUGUGGUGAUGCCACAAGGACCUUUGACUGGAUGAAAGUGAAAAGGAAUCCCUCCAGAACAGUGAACCCUGGACACGUCUGUGAUGGUGGCUUCACUACAGGCGCCCCUAUCAUCUCUGGAAUUCUGGGAUACGGUGCCCCCAGGACCAGUUUCACCACCAAGCAACUGACGGAGUUGGAGAAGGAGUUCCACUUUAAUAAGUACCUGACACGGGCUCGACGAGUGGAGAUUGCGACUGCCCUGCAACUCAACGAAACGCAGGUAAAGAUCUGGUUCCAGAACCGCCGCAUGAAGCAAAAGAAGAGAGAGCGAGAGGGGCUGGCCGCGGGGUCCGGCGUGUUGUCCUGCAGUGGACCUGAAGACUCUCCUUCGGACCGUUCAGACAAUACUCUCUCCCCGGCCCCUUCCCCACCUCUGGCGAGCCAUUCGCCCCUGCAGGCGUGACAUUUCAGGAAAUUCUUCCAUCCACGGAAAGGGAAUAUUAAUCGCUCUCUGUAGAAGAGACACGCAUAAUUUACAGGGCAGCACAACUCAAUGCACAAGCAUCCACUAGUUUAAAGUUACCGCAAAGGAAUGUUUAAAUCGCCUGGUGUGCCAUGGGGCUACUUCUGUUUACGUACACUGUAAGUUAUAAAGUCAAUAGAUGUGUGGUUUCAAUUGGGUCUGCAAGGGCACCGUGCAGUUGCAAGAUUUUGGUGCUGUGUUAAAAAUAAAUAAUAUAUAAUCACCAAAGGAAAUAUAAAUAAUUUACAACUGCCUUAAA